AUGUUUACUUUUACAGUUAGUGCAAUUAUUAAGGGACAAAUUAUUAAAUCUAGCAAGGUAACUAAUUAGAUAGGUCCAAUAAAAUUUCUUUCGAAAUUAAGUCAAUUAAAAUUUGUCCAAAUGUAAUUGUAAAAUUGA